GAACGUAGAUAAUCGAACCAAGUCGAUAUUUGGUAGAACAUCGUCACCACUCCAAGCUUGAAAGCUUGAUAUUUGGUGCUGAUAUCUUCUGGCUGACUCGCAUCGUUAUCUCCACCUUGUCUGUCGUAUCGCAUCUUACUCAUUUGGUUUCCUAUGUCUGCCGAAUCUCAACCCGCACAACCGGAGGAGGCUCUCCUCACUAAUGGCGAGACAGCUGCAACAGCAGAAAAGGAAGGUAUGGACGGUGGUGAUUCAAACGAUGAGCAGUUGCUGGGAGGCGCUCGGCGACAAAUGGAAUUUUACUUCGCAGAUUCCAACCUUCCAUUCGACAAAUUCAUGUGGACCCUUCACACCGCCAAUGAAGAACAUUGGGUUCCCAUCAAAACUAUCACAUCAUUCAAGCGUAUGCGAGAGUAUACUGAAAAAGGGCACGAAUUCAUUUUACGCGCCCUCCGCGAGAGUACGGAACUUGAGGUGGACGAAAAGGGCGAGAACUUACGACGGCGCACGGAAGUAGCGCCGCCUAAGGGCCAGUUCGAACGCAGUGUAUACGCGAAAGGGUUUGGAAAUGAAGAACCCGGAAUGCAGAAGGAGUUGGAAGAUUUCUUUGCGAAGUAUGGCGAGGUUAACGCCGUCAGGAUGCGCCGCACGGAUGGAAGCAAGGAGUUCAAGGGUUCCGUGUUCGUUGAAUUCGCCAACAUGUCAUCUGUGGAAGCCUUUCUGAACGCAGAUCCUAAGCCGACUUGGAACGGCGAGGAAUUAUUGACCAUGUCUAAAGGUGCCUACUGUGACAUGAAGAUCAAGGAAAAAGGCCUUACUGGAAAAGCUGCCAAACUUCGCAAGGAUAAAAUUAACCGAAAAGGAUUUAACGCUUUCAGGGAUAUGGAGGAUGCGUCGAAAGGAAAAGCCAAUGGAAAGAAAAAGGAGAAACCCGAAGUAUACUUGGAGUUCAUGGGUAGCAAGAUCCGUGUGUAUGACGACGACGACAACGUCGGGUACGUGAAAGAGGAGGACGUGCCGUUCAUCCAAGGGGCAACUCUUAAAUUCAUAGGCUGUGGGGGAGAUGCCAAUUUCACUGAGAUAAAGGCCCCGCUCCGCGAACGAUUUGCACGUGUUCCUUAUAUCCAAUUCUCGAAAGGAGACGAUCAUGGCUUUGUAGGAUUCGACAAGGCUCUCACAGAGGACGAAAUCGCCUAUGUAAAGGAAAACGUCAAGACUGUGAAUUCAAAAGAAGUCGAAUGGUCUAUCCCAGAUGAGGAAGAAGAGAAACCUUUCCAAAUCGAGCGUGCAAACUUUGCGGCACGUUCUGCUCUCUCCCGUUCACAGCUUCGUAACGGGUCGUCCUCUCGUGGUGGUCGUGGGGGUCGUGGAGGACGCGGCGGUCGUGGGGGUGGUCGCGGAGGUCGCCAAAGUGGCCGUGGCGGAGAUGGUCACAGUGACAGAUCCAAACCGAAAGAUAACGAUACCAGCCCCAGCAAACCCACUGGCGAGGAACAAGUGGGUGAAAAACGCAAGCGAGCCAUCGAACCUGACGGUGGACCCGACAUUGGCAUACGGGGCGCAAGCGUUCCAACUAUUGCGGUGGCGAAAAAGGCGAAGGCCGACGAAUCAUAACCAUUUGUAUGAUUUCUGAGAGUGCAAAAAUGAGUGGCGAACCGACGAAGACAGAUUCAGGUCCUGUAUUUUUAGGACAUUGGUUUGCUUGUAUUAGCUUGUGUAUGUCAUAAGCCAUGCCUGACACUUGGUGCCUUAGCCCCUUUGAGUAGAAUAGCGUCUUGCAUCGUGGAGGAAAGUAUGACAACGGUGCUGGGUAGGCCGAGGAGCUGAGGCCACGGUCUCGGACGCACCACAAAUCUUGGCAGUGUUAUUUCCAACCGUCAUAUUUUCCUUCAGUUACCGAGUCAUCACAUCGUUUCGAGCUUGUGCUUGCAUGUGCUUGUCUUCUGCCAACCGCACGAA